AUGGUUUGUUUGGGGAAGCUGCCGAUCCGCGUGCUUUCUUUUUACCGGUUGAAGCUUAGUGACCAGCCUCAGAUCUCAGGCAGAUCGGAUCCGGAUUUCGGAGCCAACUUGGUUCGGAUUCUCGCGGCGGGCGAUCAAGCCUAUUUGAUAUUGAUACUGGACGUCUAUCGGAUUCCCCGGGGCAAUCGGACGAAGAAUUCCUGUCAAGCGGAUCGUCCUGACUCCGACGAAUUGAGGGAAAAGCUCUCCACCACCCUUCCGCUCACCCAUCUCCUUCCCUUCUCUCCGUCCAUGGCCAUAAUUAAUCCUGGUGGUUACGCCUGGGCCGUGGCCGCCGGUCUGAACGCCGCCCUGGCCGCCGUCUCUGCGAAGUUCUUCACUUUGCCGCUUUUAAAAUAUGUCCUUGUCAUAUUCUUCAACGUCACAAUGUGGGGAUGCUUUGUGAAUAGCCUUAAAGCCCUCUCAUCUCUGCAAGCUACAGUCACAAACUUCGCUACAAAUUUUGUAUCAUCAGGUCUAGCAGGAUACUUUCUUUUUGAGGAGCCGCUACCUUCUCGGUGGUUUGCAGGUGCUGUUCUUAUCAUACUUGGUGUUUUCAUCCUCAGCCAAUCCAACAUCAAAACAAAGCCAAGUUCAGAUUAGACAAACUGCGUACUGUCAAGUUUCCUGUUUCAUCCUCUAGAAUCUCUCUUCAGUGAUGAAUAUGGUUUCAUUGACAGCUUGAAAUUUCAUCAGCUGAAAAGAACAGGAAAAGCCUUUUUUUUUUUAAUGAAUCUGGAACAAUGGAGGGAACACAAUUCCAUCCAUCAAUUGAUAUAUAUAACUUAAGAUCUGUGCAUGUAAUAGGUGCUACUACCAUGUUUAUUGGCCUGCAUGGAGCAUGCAGUGCUUAGAUGGCCUCAGCUGUCGUUGUUUUCUUUUCUUUCCUCAAGUUUCUUUGAAAGCAAACACUGUAAAGCCUUAGUUAGACCAGAACAAACUAGUUUUUGGCAUGUUCCGAAUAUGCAAUGUCUUGAAGAGGAUAUUACCAUAUUUUCAAGGGGAUAAUUCUCCUGCAUGUCAUUUUCUA